AUGAAGCGAACACGAAACCAGGAAAACUGUUCAAGCAGAAGUUUUGGCCCCGAUGAAGCUGACUGUAGAAGUACCACUGACUCAGGAGGACUAAAGCUUCCACAGCAGGCCAACAACAGUAGUGCAUCAAGGCGCGGGGCCGGCCGAGCUGAGCGCUCCUCUCGGGGCCAGGUGUGGUUCCAGAACAGACGGACCAAGUGGCGGAAGCGGCACGCGGCAGAGAUGGCCUCGGCGAAGAAGAAGCACGACUCCGAGACGGAGAAGCUGAAGGAGAGCUCGGACAAUGAGGACGAUGACGAAUACAACAAACCCCUGGACCCCAACUCAGACGAUGAGAAAAUCACGAGGCUAUUGAAAAAGCACAAAUCCACGAACCUCGCCCUCGUCAGCCCCUGCAGCACCAGCUCGGACACGUUGUGAGUGGUGCGGCUGGAUGUUGAAGUGGUGUAUUGUACAGCCCGAGAUGUAUGUGAAAUGUAUAUAUUUUUUACAGAAUAAGUUAUGAAAUUAUUUUCUUUCUCAUCGAUGUAAAUUUCAGAGGAAUCUUUACGACUUCUUGGUUUUCCUUUCAUGUCCCUUUCAGGUUCGCUCCUCUCUCUUUCAGCCAAUUCCUGCUCCUAACAAUCAGCGUUUGUGAACGUUUUGUAUGGAGCACAAAACCCCAGUGCGGCCACUUUGUACAUAGUGAACUUCAGAUUUUGUGAUGUAUAUUUCUAGUGUAAAAACGGCGUUUUCUUUCACUCCCUCCCUCUGCUCAGGGGUUUGGCGGUUUGAUUUCUUCUGCCUCCGGAUUUUAUGCUUAAUAAUAUCAAAAGAGGGGAGGAAAAAA